AUUUAUUUAUUUAUUUAUUUAACUCCCCAAACUCUUUCAUUCAUCUCAGACGCGGCCAGCCUACGUUGAAAGAGACGUGCAUAUGUCACCGCGGGGAAACGCUAGAAAAACGCAUCACUAAAGUAACAUGGAACCUCACCGCAAGAACGCAAGAAAAACAUGCCUGUACUUUUCUGUGUUCAUUGCUUUUUUGGUGUCCAUCGCAGCGCAGUAUGACAAUUACAGCUUCAAGAGCUAUCCGCAGAGCGAACUGAUGCCCCUAGAAACUGCCUAUGAAUACGCGCUGGAUCAACAUGCAGCUGGACACUGGCAGGACAGCAUUAAAUACAUGGAGAUGAGUUUACGAAUACACCGACUGCUGAAGGACAGCGAGGCGUUCUGCAGCCGCAGCUGCAGCGCAGUGGGCAGAGACCAGCCGCGCGACGCUGUUCUUGCGAACCGCGAGCUCCGAGUUUUUAAUCAUGUCCUACAAAGAGAGUCCUGUUUGAAGAAAUGCAAAGCCCAUUGCCCUGUGUUCUCUGUCGCCUACCCUCGGAAGACCGUCCUGGAAGCGUUUCGUAUUAGGAUGCCUUACAGGUAUCUGCAGUUCGCCUAUUUUCAGAGGAACAACCUUGAAAAGGCUACAUCAGCAGCUCACACCUUCCUGCAGAGGAACCCCCAGGACCCGAUGAUGCUGAAGAACCUGAACCACUUCAAGACCCUCUUCGAGGUGGAUGAAUACCUCAUCGACCUGGAGGAGCAGGCCUAUGAGAGCCUGUUUGCGAAGUCAGUGAAGAUGUACAACGCAGCUGAUUUCCGCAGCAGUAUUGCAGGGAUGGAACAGGCCACCAGGGAGUAUUUCCAGGAGUACCAGCUGUGCCUGGCUGCCUGUGAGGGCACCUACGAGGUCAGGGAAUUUAAGGACUUCUACCCUGCUGUGGCAGAUCACUAUGUGGAUGUCCUAAAGUGUAAAGUCAAGUGUGAGACCAGCCUCAUGCCUAACGUGGGGGGCGUCUUCGUGGAAAAGUUUGUGGCCACCAUGUAUCACUAUCUCCAGUUCUCUUAUUACAAACUGAAUGAUCUGAAGAAUGCCGCGCUGUGUGCUGCCAGCUACCUGCUGUUUGACCCCCAAGACGAGACCAUGCUUCAGAACAUGGUUUAUUAUCGCUUCCACCAGGAGCAGUGGGGCUUGGAGGACAAAGACUUCAGACCCAGGCCUGAAGCUCUUCAGUAUUUCAACCAGACCACCAUGCAGAAACAGAUGCUGGAGUUUGCGCUACACUACCUCCAAUCGGAUGACGAGGAUGUGGUGAGCCCUGAAAUGACAUACACCUCCCCGGAUGAGCCUCCAGAUUCUGAGUUCGAGGGUGUUGGAGAUUAUGAGGAGUCCAUCUACACUAACUGGUGGCAGAAGCCUCAGAGCAGGGGUGACGCUGGAGAGCCCUACGUCUGACACUAGAGCUAUUCACUCAACACUGAGGCAACCAGCUCUGGUCUGGCCAUCCCCUUGAGCAUCAAGUGUCUUUGUAGCAACGACCACAGACAGAUAAGCAAGGACCACAGAUAAGCAAGGACCACAGAAAAAGCACAUUACAAAAAACCAGCAUGACAAAUCACUCCUAGUAUCCUGGUCGUUUGAAGUCUUUGCAAUGCAGAGCAGAGAAAUAGGUUGCAGUCUCUCCAGUGUAAAGUUUGCACACUUUAUAAUCUGUUAGUUGAUUCCUUCACAUCUAGCCUUUUUCAAACAUUACCAGACAGUUCGGCUGUAUUGCACUGCACAGACCCCAAGGUUUUUUUAGUUUUUUCUUCCGAAUCGGGUUUUGCAAAAAUGAAAAAUACAAUACACCCGCUCCCCCUUUGAAGGUGCUAGUGUUUACCUUUGACUGUAACAGGAAAUUAUUGUGCUGUUAUUAAUAUAUAUAUAAUUUCCCAUAACCCAGACCAUUUUUGUUUUAAGGAGAGGUUUGAUUGUGUGUGUGUGUUUUUUUUAUAUAUAUAUAUAUAUAUUUGAAAGGACAUUGUGAAAAUAAAUAAAUAAAUACAGUGUAAAUCCCACUGCUAGUCCGUUAUUAAUGAAUUAAACAUAAAUUGUAUGUAGUAAGAAUACAGAGCUGUCCAUGAAAGAGUCAUAUUGAUGACUAGCACCAGAGAGUCCUCCUUAAAAGUGCCAGAACCCCCCCCCCCACAGAAACAAAACAAAUGACAAAUCUGUUUAACUAGAUUAAUACACACCAUUAAAGCAUGCGCCGUGUUUAAACACUUCAGUGGCUAUUUGAUGUAGCAUUUUGAAAUUAUUACCAUCUCUGCAGUAUCACUUCAAUGUGAGUGUAUGCUAAAUAUUCUGCUGUUAUAAUCUGUAGUAAGGAAGCAAGCAUUUCCAUCUGUAUAAAAUCCAGGAGCUGUAGCAAGACCCUGUAAAAUAUAAAAACAAACAAGCAAACAGCUGCAAAAUAAUAAUAGUAAUGUUUGAAGCUGACACCCUAGGAUCCUUCAAGAAGCUGCUUGAUGAGAUUCUGGGAUCAAUAAGCUACUAACAAUCAAACGAGCAAGAUGGGCUGAAUGGCCUCCUCUCGUUUGUAAGCUUUCUUAUGCUCUUAUGUUAUUCAGAUCAGAUCAAAAUGAGAUCCAGAUUUCAGAUUAUUUUGAUUUGUGAGAAAAGAGGGGAACAAUGUAUUAAAAUUCC